GGCUCCUCCCAAAGGGAAGAGGCGGAAGCUGAGCUGAGCCACGCAGCGGCUGCUAGAUCUCCCGGGGCCGUAGUCAAUCUUCAGGUGUGCUCUCCGCCAUGGCCGAGGCCGGCCGGCCGCCGCAGGCCCGCGUGCUGCUGCAGCAGUGCCUUCAUGCCAAGCUGCAAGUCCGUCCUGCCGAGGGCGACGUCGAGGCGCAAUGGGUGGAGGUUCCAACAGCAUUAGUGAUCUAUGUCUGCUUCUUCAAAGGUGCUGAAGAAGACCUUCUGCCUAAAAUGGUUAGCACACUGUUGAAUGUGAAAUUAAGUGAGGCCGAAAAUGGCAAGCGUGUCUCUAUAUUGGAUCUACCUGGGAACAUCCUCAUCAUCCCCCAAGCCACCCUCGGAGGAAGAGUGAGAGGAAGAAACAUGCAGUACCACACCAACUCUGGAAAAGAAGAAGGAUUAGCACUUUAUUCUCAGUUUGUGACUCUGUGUGAAAAAGAGCUUGCUGCCAACAGUAAAUGUGCAGAAGCCGGUAUGGUGGUGAGACAUGGAACUUAUGGGAACAGACAAGUGUUAAAGCUUGAUACCAACGGACCCUACACACACCUGAUUGAAUUUUGAAAAGGCCUCUUCGGUUUGUAUAAGGUGAAGUGGUCAGGACUGGAAUUGCUAGACGGCUUUUGUUUUUUUAAGAUCUGUCAUUACAGAGUUUUACCAUAGGGGGCAGCUAGGUGGCGCAGUGGAUAGAGCACCGGCCCUGAAGUCAGGAGGACCUGAGUUCAAAUGUGGCCU